AACAGUGAGGCGGAGACGGGGACGGGCUCGGAUGUGCUCACUUCACGGUACUUCUGGAUCCUCGGGCCCGACCCUUCCAGGACGCAGCGGCGGAGAGAGGGCGCAGGCCGGCAGGCAUCGACUCAGUCCCGGGCGGAGGACACACUCAUCCAAGCAGCACUGACUUCUUUGGACUGGGAUUGGAUUCGGAGUCACCAUGCGACCCGCGGCAGCUUCUGCCGCCCUCCUGUGUCUGCUGGCCGGAGCCAUGGCGGCCGUUCAGCUCCCAGAGACGGUGUUUCUGGACAAGCAGCAGGCGAGCUCGUUGAUGUCCCGUCAGAAGAGGAACACGGGCGGGAGCCAGGCCUCCACUCUGGAGCAGGCCUGCAUGGAGAAGGUGUGCACGUACGAGGAGGCCAGAAUCUUCCAGGACUCGUACCGCACGGAUAUCUUCUGGUCGGUCUACAUCGAUGGAGACCAGUGUGCAGAGAAGCCGUGCAAAAACGGAGCCAUGUGUUCAGACAGCGUGGGAGGAUAUGACUGCGUCUGCAAGUCUGGCUUCACGGGCGUCCACUGUGAAACAGACCAGACUCUGUGCACCCUGGAAAAAGACAAGGGCUGCUCCCAGUUCUGUAAGCCAGACUACAUAUCCUACAAAUGCUCCUGCGCUCCGGGAUGGAGGCUCAGCUCCACCGACAGGAAUAAGUGUGAACCAGCAGUUGCUUACCCCUGUGGUAAGGUGAGGAGCCUGAGCCAUGGGGAGAUAAGAUAUACCAGUAACGCGCAGACCAACUUUGAAGGAUUCAUCUGCACUUCCAAAGAGUGUCCCUGGCACGCGUUCCUGAAGAGUCCAGAGUCAGCAGGUUUCUGUAGCGGCGUCAUCCUGAAAGACAACCUCGUCCUGACCACGGCGCAGUGUGUCACCAAAUACGAUUCCUACCAAGUGGCCGUUGACAAACGCAGUGUGACUCCGGAAAGCGACGGAAGCACGUUUUUCGUGAAGAAGCAUCACAUCCACCCUCGCUAUGUGGAGGGACGUCCCGAGAACGACCUGGCCUUGAUCGAGCUCCGCGACCGAAUCAGGUUCUCCAGCACCGUCAUGGCCACCUGCCUGCCGGAGAAGGACUUUGCCGAGAGCAUCCUGAUGAAGGGGGACCUCCCGGCGGUGGUCACCGGCUGGAGGGAGCCCAGAGACAGGCCCGCUUUCCAGGGUCAGCUCUCGCUCAACCACCUGGCGUACAACCGGCUGCCGCAGUGCCUGGACACUUUCCCCGACCUGAUGACCAACAAAAUGGGCUGCACCGCCCCUCGAGCCCGGGCCGACUGCGACAUGAGCGCCGGCAGCCCCCUGCUCACUCUGUACCGGGACGUCUUCUUCCUCACCGGGGUGGUGAGCAAGCCGCCCGGCGCCGACUGCACCAAGGGCUACAUCUUCCAGAAGGUGUCGCACCUGGGCUGGCUGCGGAGCCUGGGCGCGCGUUAG